GCUAGGUUGGACUGGCUGAGCUUGGAGGUCUCUUCCAACCUGCUUGAUUCUAUGAGUCUAUGGGGCACUUUCUGAUUGGCUGAGGAUAGAUGUGUCAGGAGGCAUAGGGACCUGUCCCUCCCCCCAGCAAUGGUAUAAACCCAGGCUGUCUGAGGGGGAAAUAGUGUUCCUUGGACCCAAGGGCCUCUGAACACAAGCUGCUCCUGUCGGGCUUGCUGCUGCCUGCACACCAAGACCUUUGCCAGGUAGGUGAAGAUCUCCUUCUGGGAAGCUGCCCAUGCAGGUUCUCUGCUCAAGGCCCAUCUGAAUGGCACAAUACAAAUGGAUACAGUUAGGAUAUCAGAAAUUCCUGAGGAAGGGAAUAAAGCUACCUAUGAGUCCCAUUCGGGUUCUUGGUUCAAGACCCAUCUGGGGAGGGACUUCUGAGGCUCUCAGGAAGUUGCAGGAUUAGGGGGAAUGGGGCAAAGCUGGAGGUGGGGAGAGUCAGGCUGGAGGUGAGGAGGAAAUUCUUCAGCAUGAGAGUGGUGAGAGGCUGGAAUGGGUUGCCCAGGGAGGUGGUUGAGGCCCCAUGGCUGGAGGUGUUUAAGGCCAGGCUGGAUGAGACUGUGGGCAUCUGUUCUCAUAGCAGAGCUGCUCCAGCCCUCUGGUCAUCCUCAUGACCCUCUGUUUGGAGACAGUCUGGUACAACACAGUGCCCAGGCUUCUGCACCACCUGCUCUCCUCUGUGUCCUUAUUGUGUCUUAGUGUCCCCUUUUCCAGCCUUGUGAAGACCCAGGAAGGCAACAGCCAUGAAGAUGCUGUACCUACUCUUCCCCUUCCUCAUCCUCUUGUUCCAGGGUGCUGCAGGAACAGGAGGCUCGCUGGGGUGUAGCCAGAGAGGAGGACAAUGCUUCUUUAGGAGAUGUCCCCCAAAUACAAUACCCUCGGGAAGAUGCUCGAUAUUUAGGAAGUGCUGCAGGAGGUAA